UUUGGGUGCACUAGUUUGAAUAACCCCGCCCAUACCCCUUACAUCAGACCACGUGACAUUGUUGCCUUACGUAAGUUCAGCGCAGCGGAGCGCCAGCCCAGGACGUUACACAAGUACCCGCGGGUCAGCUUACAUAAGGGCAGUCAGCAGCCAAACCUGCUUCGUAACGAUCCUUACAUUCAGUUUGGAGCCUUCCAGGGUGGUAGUCCACAUCCACACAUCAUGGUGGACUUGGCCCAGGAAGCUUUCCUCGCCGCUAACUUCGAACUCGCCGCCGAGGUGCUAGAAAGGGAGAUCGCGGAAGAAGGUUUGACACAGGAGCGAGCGCUGGGGAGAGCGGAUGCGUUGGCGAUGCAGGGCAACUUUCAUGCCGCCUUCGAGGCUUACCACCUAGCCUUUAAGAUGGGGAAGGUGGCUCACGAAAGGCUGAAUCAUCUGGUAACGGCUCUAGUUCGUGUCUUCUCGGCGAAAACGGGAGUGAAAGUACAAGCAGAGGAGGGAGCCGCCAAGGCAGCGGAUUUCUUACGGGACGUGGUGAUGUGUGUCGUCUGCCAAGGUCUACUGUUCGAGCCGGUGACCAUCCCGUGCGGACACACUUUCUGUAAACGUUGUAUCGAGAAAGAUCCGACAAAAACCUGUCCCAGAUGUAGGCUACGCUUCACAGAAGCAGAAUUCCCGGACUGUCAAGUUUUCAAACCCACCGUCAUCUUGUGCAAUAUCUUCGACAAGUGGUGGCCUGACGAAGUCAAAGCUAUCAGACUCAAAUGGGAAGGAAACGACUUGUUCUCCAAAAAGGAUUUUUCUAAAGCUACCGAGAAGUACACAGAAGCGCUGAAUUUAGUUCCUGGUGACCCAAUCCUGCACAGCAAUCGCUCGCACGCCUACUCCAGUAACCAUGAAUGGUCUCUGGCGCUGAAAGAUGCCCUCUUGGUGUGCCAACUAAGACCAGACUGGCCAAAGGGUCACUAUAGAAAAGGCAUGGCACUGAUAGGAAUGGACAGACAAGAAGAGGCCAUGUCAUGCUUCCUGCAGUGCCUGACUCUGGACCCUGAUGUUAGACCUGCACAAGCAGAACUAGAAAAGCUCCUUCACAAUCUGCUGUCCCCAACCAGCGAGCUUCCCCCUCUCCACCUGGGGAACAAGCUGUCAGCCCCCCCACCCCAGCCCACCCCCACCCCUUCACUCAUCCAUUCCCUGGCUGCUGCCUCUCUCAACGAGGCCUCCAGCGAGGAGAGUCCAAUGGUCACCGAUCAAAUGGGGGGGAGCAGCAUGGAAAGGAGAGGGUUGGAUGAGCCUGGACCAAGUAGAGCUGCAAACGUGCACAUGAGAAGUGUCACAGAAUGUUCUGAUGAAGAGAGAAUGGAGGAAGAGGAGUCCAGUAGCGACAGUGAGCUGGAGAUGGGGAGAGGCAAGGGCAGGAGAAAAACACACAGUUUCAGUGAUGGCAGGUUAAAAGCAUGUGCCUCGGAACCUGUUCUGAUGGAACAAGGGUGUGAAAUGGACUUCAGAAAACGAGCCAACUCAGCCAGCUUGCCGCACAAUAGCCCAUCAGAGUCUGGAGGUGCCAAAGAAGCAGGGAAGCUGAAGGAGCCAACACCUGAUCUUAUUGAUUCUGAGGACUUCGAAUGCAGUCUUUGUAUGAGGCUGUUCUACAAUCCAGUCACUACCCCCUGUGGCCACUCCUUCUGCCGGGACUGCCUGCUGCGAUGCCUGGACCAUGACAACAAGUGCCCGCUGUGCAAGUUCUGUCUCAAAACUUACCUGGCAGAAAGGAGAGACAAGGUGACCGACACCAUCGACAAGAUCAUCAAACAUUUCCUGGGCAAGGAUCAUGUCAAGAGGCAAGCUAUACAAGAUGAGGAGGUGGCUGAACUGGCCAGGCUGACGGAGCAGAUGCCCAUCUUCGUCUGCACCGUGGCGUAUCCCACAGUGCCCUGCCCACUGCACAUCUUCGAGCCCCGCUACCGGCUGAUGUUGCGGCGCUGCCUGGAGACGGGAACGCGACAGUUCGGGAUGUGCAUCUACUCCCCAGAUGGAGGGUACAUGGAACAUGGUACAGUCCUAGAAAUCCGCGAUGUCAGCUUCAUGCCCGACGGCCGGUCUGUGGUGGACACCGUCGGGAAGAGUCGCUUCAAGGUUCUGGACCGCGGCAUGCGGGACGGGUACAACAUCGCCAAGGUGGAACCCAUGGAAGACGUGCGCGUAGAGGGCGAGGACAAGGCCGCGCUGGAGCGACUUAACGCGGCGGUUUACCAAGAGGCAACCAGCUGGGUGCAGAGCCUUCCCGGCAACACCAUCGACCGAAUACUGCAGCACUUCGGCAACAUGCCCGACUGCGAGGCCGACCCACAGGCCAACCCGGACGGCCCGUCCUGGACAUGGUGGCUCCUCGCCAUCCUGCCAGUCGACCAGCGCAUCCAGUACACCAUCCUGGUGAUGAACUCACUCAAGGACAGGCUGGAGGCCCUGCGCCGCAUCCUGUCCUGUAUCCGCGGGAGACAAUGACUAGGCCUCGUGUGGAAGGUAGUGUUAGGAACAGCUGUGGCUGUCACCGCUGCUUUCAUGGUAGCUUUCUGAAUUAGUUGAAGUGCACACACUGUAUAUCAUCCGGAUUCCGGAUCUAAAUUCAACGUAUAUCACAUUGGGAAUUACAGGAUAGUCUGGUAUUAUUCAGUCCCACAUUUGAAAAUUUAGAAAAACAAGUUUGAGAAAUCUUUCCUAUUUUGAGGAAAAAUUCAUGAUUAUGUGAAACUAGAUCUAUGAACUUUGUUACAUGCAAUAGUCUGCCUGGAUUGAGCCUUACAUACUCAGACAAAAUGGUGGUUGAAAAUUGUUGCAUAAAACAUGUUCUCUUAAAGAGCAAGCGAGCGUCACUAAAAAGAAGUGUUUCAUUACGUUGCCUGCCGAUUUGAUAUAUAUCAGGUCUCUGUGAUGAAAAUGUUGCCAAAGUAUUGCAAGCAAUAUUGGCAUAGAAGGGAAAUGGUUCCUGUAUUCACUUAUAUAGAUUGAAGGAUGAUGACAACUAUUGUGCUUCAGAUUUCAUGCAGUACCUUAAAACUCGUCUCUUCACAAAAUGAGACCUUCGAAGGCUGGUUACAAUAACACGUUUUGCUUGUAUCUGUUCAUGUUUCUUUCCAGACUCCCAGUGAAAAGUUAGUUCAGAUACAAGCAUUCCUAUAUCAUUACAACAUGCACAUUCAGUUAGUAUGUUUGAUGACAUAAAUCAUUAUUUAAAGCAGUGAAUUAGGGGCCUUUAAAGCAUGUGUUGAGCAAGUAUUAUCAUUAUGUAAUUUUAUGGAUAGAAGAGGUGUACUUUGUCACUAAAGCCUUGUGGCUUCACUGUAGAUUGUCAGGGAAGUUGGUUUUUUACACAACUUAUUACCUCUGUUGUAAAAUAUGGCACUAAUUCUCACAGUCACAAAGGCAGUUGUUGGUGAAUUUUAGUUACUACUAGUAUAUUUUUUGUGCUUGAAUCUUAUAUCACCUAUGUCGAGGGCACUCAGUCCUGAGAUGCUUGGUUUUGAAUUCCCCCUUAUCAGGUGUUAGUAAUCUUACAAACUGGAAUGAAUCAGAAGAAGAGAGAGGUUUAAAUAUCAGCAGGCAAAAUCAGGAAGGAGAACUGGAAGGCAGAAUGUUUGUCUCACAUUGUAAACUACUGUUGCUGCUUCGUCUGGUGAGAUUCUUACCAACGUGACCAAGUUGAGGUUCUCUUGUCACUAAUAGUGUAAGUGUCACAUGGCAUCGUGUUGGCAUGGUAAGGGUGUUUGGCCCUGAAGCUAGAGGUACUGGGUUGGAAUCCCCUGACAUGCCACCGAUGUUGUGCCCUUGGGAAAGGCACUUGACAUGACUUUCCUCACUCCACCCUGGUGUAAAAAUGGGUACCUGACUUUGGUUGGGGAGGUAAAAGGCAGUGGAAGGAGAGGGAUGGGCUCCGCCUUCCAAUACUGUACCUAGACACAGUGGAUAACAACCCACUGUCCCUACGGCCUCACAAGUGCUAUCGAACUAUCUUUACCUUUACCAAAGUCCCUCAUUUGGCCUAAUUUGUAUCGCUCAAUUUCUUGUAUGUAUUAUUAUUGACAAGUAAUCAGUGCACAUUAUGAUAAUUAUUAUCACUAUAUCAUACAAAUUUCUUGAUGCCACAUUUGUCAUGUUACUAUUUGCAGGUGGUUUGUGCCUGAGAACCAGCACUUCUCUUUGCAAUUAUAAGAUAAGCAGGAAUGUGAACUGUAAAUAAGAUACUCUCAUUUAAAAGGUGUACAAUGUAUGUGCUGCUUAAGUUAUAGGUUGGUUAACAGGACGAUUAUUUUGCUACCAGAACUUUGUGUCAUUGACAUGUUAGUAAGCUAUAGUGAUUCACAUGAAGUGUGAAGAAAUCUUAUUUUAUAUGACACUGUUGUACUAGUAAACUAUAACUUAAAAUUGAAAAUCUAAAGAAAAAAAUUAUUUAAGUUACAGGUAGCACAAUAAUGCUGUAUCAAAAAAGACACUGCAACGUCUGGUAAAAUUGUCUUUGUACUUCGCACAAUUAGUGUGUCCUUUUUGACUCAGCUUGAAAGAAUAGUGUAGAUAAAGGAGAAGGAUCACAUAAUUAUGUAUAAUGAUUCUACUGGUAGUACAAUGGGCUUUUUUUCUGUUCUUUGGUGGUGGUUUGAAACUCUGUCUAAAGCUGUACAGUGUCUGGAACCAUUAAAAAAACUGACUGAA